AUGGCGGGCUUCCACAGUUGGGCGACUGUCAUCGCCAAUCUGUUGGUGCCCACGGGCAUACUGAUCUUCUCCUCUGGAUUCUUCCCAUAUAAACCGUUGAUUCCCGGACUAGCGAGAUUUGAAGAGACGGAAAAUGCAGCACCUGCAGUAUUUGACAAGGUCAUUUUCAUGGUGGUUGAUGCAUUGCGGAGUGACUUUGUAUAUUCAAAUGACUCUGGGUUCUUGUUUACGCAAAGCUUGAUCCGAUCUGGCGCUGCAUUGCCAUUUACGGCCUAUGCGGGCUCUCCAACUGUUACAAUGCCGCGUCUGAAGGCCAUAACCACUGGCUCAGUUCCAUCUUUCUUGGAUGUGAUUCUAAACAUUGCAGAGUCAGACACUUCAUCAACCUUGGCGUUUCAAGACACAUGGUUGGCGCAGUUGAAAGCAAGAGGGGAGCGACUGGUGAUGUACGGAGACGACACCUGGCUCAAACUCUUCCCGGGGAUGUUUGACCGGUCUGAUGGGACCACGAGCUUCUUCGUGUCGGAUUUCACUGAAGUAGACCAUAAUGUGACUCGGCAUGUUCCUACCGAGCUUGCUCAGAGCGAUUGGUCAGCUUUUAUUAUGCAUUACUUGGGUUUGGAUCAUAUAGGCCAUAAGGCAGGCCCCAAAAGUUCCUUCAUGAUCCCGAAACAACAGGAGAUGGAUUCUGUGGUGAAGGAUAUUUAUACCGCGAUGCAGAACGAAGAACAUCUUCAAUCAACGCUUUUCGUAUUGUGUGGAGACCACGGCAUGAAUGAUGCUGGAAAUCACGGCGGGUCCUCAGCCGGAGAGACUUCACCUGCCUUGGUCUUUAUCUCGCCCAGGUUCCAGGUUUUGAAUGGCCGAAGAGAAAGCCCAGUGGAACCAUUUGAUGAUCUGCAAUAUUAUCGGACUGUUGAGCAAGCAGACAUUACUCCGACACUAGCGGGACUUCUUGGACUCCCUAUUCCUUUGAAUAGCUUGGGUGUAUUUAUCCCUGAGUUCUUGGAUAUGUGGGAAUAUGACUCUCAAAAACUCCAGAUUCUAUCUCAAAAUGCCAAACAGCUGCUGAACACGGUCGAAACAACAUUUCCUGGGACGAAAUUUGGCCGGGAGGGUAUUGAAUCUUGUGCUUCCGGGGCUGAAUCAGGAAUCGACGCUGCUCAAUGUGCCUGGGCUCGAAUUCAGAAACUCAUAUCUGAUGGCGAUGACCCCGAACAUUCCUAUUCCACCACUAGUCCGAUUUUAUUGCAGUUCUCAGAGAUUGCCCAGGACAUCAUGAGUCGCACUGCAAGUAAUUACAAUAUCUUCAGGCUUUGUCUAGGCCUGUUUAUCACCGGAAUUGCUGCUACGAUUGUACUCCCAUCUACCUACACAGAAUGCAUACGGCAUAGAUCUUCAGGGCUGUUUUUGGUAUUAAUGGUCAUCACUUAUGGGCUCAUGAUGUUUGCGAGCAGCUACGUGGAAGAAGAGCAACACUUUUGGUAUUGGAUAUGUUCUGGAUGGAUUUUUUACUUACAUGUCAGAUCGCAGUCUACAAGAUCAAACUCCCAUAAACGCCUUCAAUCACCAACGUUCUGGUCCGGAAACUACAUGAUGAUUGUAUUUGCCAUUACGCAGAGACUCUUGCGACGGUGGAACCAGACCGGACAGAAGUUUGCGGCCGAGCCUGAUAUUGCUCGAACAUUCUUCCCACGCAAUCCUGAUAUCUUCUGGGGCCUCCUCAUCCUCACUUAUGCAGAUGCCGGGGUUCACCUUCUCCGAAAUAUACCAGUAUCUGGGCUGCCACAACUAAGUGCAUUGCUGCUCGCCGUCUUGGCCUUUACAUUCAAGCUUCAUUUUGUGGCAUCGGAAUCUCCUGAGCUCCUUGAUGGGACUUUCAUCUCUCAGCUUCUGGAGAAAUGGCCCUACAGUAUCUCAUUGGUCUUACACGCUAGAAUUGUCUUUUAUGGGCUCGGUCUUGUCGUUUUGUUGGCACUGUUAACAAGAAUGACAGCAAAAACCACCCGUGAAUCACACCAGACUAUCCAUGAAGCCUUGCACAUCUUCUUGAUGACACAGUCCCGGGCGACAAAUGUCCCAUUGUUCUUGAUCUUCCGAGUGCAGGCCAGCGUUCUCUCGGCAAUGAACCUUACAGGAAACGAAGUAACAAUCACGACCUUGAUUUUCCAGUACAUGACAUUUUUUGCAUUUGGUGGCUCAAAUGCUAUUUCUUCGGUGGACCUUGCCAGUGCCUACAAUGGCGUUGGCAGCUACAGCGUGGUGCUCGUGGGUGUUCUCACCUUUGUGAGCAACUGGGCAGGCCCUAUCUGGUGGGCUUCGCAGGGCCAUCGUCUUCGGCCAAAGCACCCCGCACUAGACCAUCGCGCGUUGCUGACCUUCCACGUCGCUAUGUCGUUGGUCUCUGUCAUGGCUGCUUGUACUGCGCUACGAACCCAUCUCUUCAUCUGGACCGUCUUCUCCCCCAAGUAUCUCUACAGCAUGGCAUGGGCAACUGCCAAUCAUGUUGGCGUGAACCUAUUUGGCGAACUUUUGUUCUCUGUGUGUUGA